AUGCCGACCGAUUACAACCAGAACUUCAGGAUACGCGGACUACCCCGCGAAUACGAGACUAGGGCUGACGUCCGUGUAUUGAUCAAGGAAGUUCUUUCUCUCGAACCCAACGCAAGCGUCAUUGUUCAUUCGCUUGCGAUUUGUCCUGUCAAAGGAGACAGUCGAGUCGCAACUCUCCGUUUCAAUCCCCUCCCAGAUUGCUUCUCAGAUCGCUCUAGAAAUGAAUGGGUGGUUAGCCUAACGAAUGAGGAUGACUCCGACUUUAAGGCACCACUCAUAUUCGAUACUCACUUCUCAGGCUUCACACCUCUUCAACGUACCGUCGACGAGAGUUGUAAUGUAGAUGUGAUUGCCAUGUCUGGCCUCGGAGGGCAUGCAUUUGGUUCGUUCAAGGAAAGAGGAGGACCUUUCAUGUGGCUCCGAGAUGCGCUUCCAUCAGACUUUCCAAAUGCAAGGAUCUUAAUAUAUGGGUACGACACUCAACUUGUACAGAGCAGGUCCUUCCAGAACUUGUCAGAUCUGGGUAGAGCUCUCCAGAUCGAUUUGAGAGGUAUUCGGACUAUAGUCAGAAUGAAAGAAGAGAUACACGAAGCGCACGCAUCGAUCCUAGAUUCCAUCUCUGGAUUCAUGUUCUUUGGCGUUCCUCAUCAAGGCUUGGCCAUCGAGUCACUCGUUCCUCUGGUCAAAAAUCAGCCUAACCGGAGUUUACUUGAGUCGCUCAACAAAAACUCAGCACUCCUCCAACGCCUGGAGAAAGAAUUCAACAAUGUAAUCAGUGCAAAAAGGCCGUCAAUUGUGUCCUUCUACGAAACGGAAAAGUCUCCCACGGCUAUAGAAGUGAAUGGCAAGUGGGAGUUGUCUGGGCCUAGCGAAGUCUUAGUUGAUGUCUCUUCAGCGACAUGCUACAGCAAUCAACGCCAUCCAAUUGACCGCAACCACUCUGAGAUGGUGAAAUACAGCCACGGACACGACGUGUUCUACAGGCGUGUCACCACCGUGACACGAGAAUUACUGGGCACCACCACGCAGAGCAGAAUCGGUGCCAGAAGUCCAGAAACUGGAGUUGAUUCAUUCAUAAUCCUUUCGGAUGAUAAUAAGGACUGUCUCAGGUCACUAUCGUUUCGAGAACAAGAGUACAGGUACAGCGAUGUUUAUUCCCCAAAGGACACCUGUGGUUGGCUUCUCGAGGAUCCGCAAUACCAAGCUUGGAUGAAUAGUGCGCGGGGCCUUUUCUGGAUCAAAGGGAACCCUGGAACCGGCAAGUCAGUUCUCAUGAAAUUUGCAGUCACAACGAUGGAUCGCAGAGGGUCCGGAGAACUUGUUGUGUCCUUCUUCAUCCACGGCCGGGGAAACCCUUUGCAGAAGACUCCAUUGGGUGUGUUCCGGGCAUUGCUUAACUCCAUGUUGAAGUUCUUCCCACAACACCUCUCUCAACUCACUGAACGCUUCAAAGACCGGCAGGCGCGAUUUGGGGCUUAUGAAGAGAACCGAUGGAGUUGGGCCGAAAGGGAACUCCAAGAUUUCAUGUACGAGAUUUUGACCAAGGGAACAAAAAAGCAACCUGUGGUCAUCUUUGUCGAUGCCCUUGAUGAGUCUGGCGAAGAUGAUGCAAGGAGCUUACUGGCGUACUUCAAAACCCUCAUGAACGACAUCGAACGCGAAAAGGCACCGGUCAAAAUAUGCUUUUCUUCGAGACAUUAUCCUAUCCUUGGGUACGAGACAAUGCCAGCAAUCCACGUGGAAGAGAAAAACGACGAAGACAUUAGGCUAGUCGUUCGAGAACGACUCAAAGAAAUUCAACCGAUCGCAAAGCGGCAACAGCUCGAGAAUGAAAUCUUGAUGAAGGCUCAUGGAGGAUUCCAAUGGACAGUACUGAUUGUUGCCUUGAUACUCCAUGGAAGCGUUAUUGGUACCAGGGUCGAGAAUCUGCACAAAAGACUCACAGCUAUCCCGGAAGCCCUUGAUGGGUUGUACGCUGAAAUAUUAGGCGGUGUCGAUGCUGUCGAGCACCACCAAAUGACGAAACUCUUCCAAUGGAUCUUAUUUGCCGCGCGGCCCUUGUCUUCACACGAGCUCCGAGAAGCCCUUGCUAUCGAUUAUAACGAUAUGGACUGCACAAAUAUUUCGCAAGUCAGACGCCACGACAACUGGACAGAUACUGCAACUCAGUUCGAGAGAAUCGUCACACAUGUUUCUAAAGGCCUCGUGGAAUUCCGAACUCGCGAGAUUUGGGAGCAACACGAUCCUGAUGGGGAGGACUGGGACCGGGAAGCUCAAUUCAUCCACCAGUCAGUUGCGGAUUAUGUGCUAGGAAAGUUUUUCAAGCCCAAUCCUCACAAUUCUUCUUCUCAAUGUCCCAUUGGAGCAAGUCACUUCGAAAUAUCAAGGUCUUGUCUGAGCUAUCUGACUUUGAGAGAAGUCUUAGAAGGCGCUCAGCUGUCUUUGGGGAAACUCUCAGCAAGAUUUCCGCUGGUACCAUACACAGCACAGUUCUUGUUCCACCAUAUCCAGGAAGUUGAGCGUGCAGGAAUUUCUCAAGAUGAUCUCCUUACGUGCAUUUACUGGUAUCGACAAUCUGAAACCUUGCAUAAGAUCGCGAGCCUAUGGAGAGUGAUGGAUCCUGACAAUGUUCACGCACCUAGGGGAUGGCCAUUUGUUGGAGCAACACCCCUUCAUGUUUUGGUGGGGUUUGGCUCAAAGAGCUAUUUAGACUCAUUGCUUAUCAAAGACCAUGCAGAGCUUGAGGGUAGAGAUGCAGAUGGGAAUACGCCAUUACUCCUCGCUCUUAGAGAGUGUCGCGAAGAUAUGGCCUUACUAUUGCUGGAUCGUUCCAUUGAUUGGCAGCUUCAAGAGGAGGCAGUUAACCUCAAGAUCUCUCAAGACGAUAGCCAAGGGCAGACAAGGAACUAUCUUUCUCACGGUGUGGAGCUCGACGGAGCUAUCUUCUAUAUGGUCAAGGACAUGUCUGAGAACGGUGAUCUUGAUGGUCUAGAAAUCUUGUCGAAACUGCUAAAGGCCGGUGGUAACACAAGCAGAUCAAAGGGUUUUGACCUUAUUGAAGAUGGAGAUGAAGAUGAAUAUGGACACGACAAUGAAGCGAUAAGUUUAGCUUCGCGAAGAGGCUAUACGGCAGUUGUCAGCCUUCUACUGUCACACGGCGCUUCAGCGGAUAGACGAGACUUUUUCGGCGAAUUCCCGUUGCUUAUCGCCGCAAGGAAUGGACAUACGGAAACGGUGGAGGUUCUACGCCACCACGCACCGCAAAUGGUUGGAAUGAUUGGUGCCUACAAGCAGACAGCCUUCGACGUAGCCGUUGGAAUGGGCCACUUUGGAUUGGCAAUGCGGUUUCUGCGGCAAGGCAACCAAGAUUCCGAAUCAGACGCGUCAUUUUGGACGGCUGUCAAAGCGAACAAGCCGAGAUUAGCGAAAGCAAUUCUACACGUAAGACUAGAGAAUGGAGAUGCGGGCAAUGAAAGAGACCUAGAUGGCCGAACGCCAUUCUUAUGGGCCAUCCAGAUGGGGCAUGAGGCAAUAGUCAAAAUGUUUCUCGAUACGGGCAAGGUCGACGUCGAUGAAAGAGACCAGUAUGGCCAAACACCACUCUUAUGGGCCAUCCGGAUCGGGCGUGAAAUAAUAGUCAAAAUGCUCCUCGAUACGGGCAAAGUCAACGUCGAUGAAAGAGACCAGUAUGGCCAAACACCACUCUUAUGGGCCAUCCUGAUCGGGCGUGAAAUAAUAGUCAAAAUGCUCCUCGAUACGGGCAAAGUUAACGUCGAUCAAAGAGACCAAGGCGGCCGAACACUUUUCCUAUGGGCUCUCCAGCUGGGGCGGAGAGCGGUAGCUAAGGUGCUUCUCGAUACGGGCAAGUUCGACGUCGAUGAAAGAGACCAGCAUGGCCAAACACCACUCUUAUGGGCCAUUCAGCAUAGAUGUGAGGCGACGAUUUUGCGCAAAACAAUUCAUCAUCAUCAUCAUCAUCGUCGUCGCCGUCGUCGUCAUCAUCAUCAUCAUCAUCAUCAUGCGACGAUUGAAUUUCUUGUGUUUGUGGGUAAUGCCGACGUCAAUAGAACAGAUGAACAUGGUCGAACGCCACUGUUAUGGGCUAUUCAGCAUGGAAAAGAGGAGGUGGUCGAGUUGCUUCUUGACACGGGCAAGGCCGACGUCGAUAAAAAAGAUCACUAUGGCCAAACGCCACUCUUCUGGGCUUCUCAGUAUGGGCUCAGGUGGGUGGUCAAGCUACUUGUGGACACGGGUAAGGCCGGCGUUAAUGGGAAAGAUCAAUGUGGUCGAACACCACUCUUAUUGGCCGCUCACCAAGGGCACGAGGCGGUAGUUAAGCUUCUUCUCGAUACAGGUAAGGUGGACGUCGAUGGGAAAGAUCAACACGAUCGGACACCACUCUCAUGGGCUGCCGAGGAGGGCCACGAUAGGGUAGUCAAGCUACUUAUGGACACAGGCAAGGUCGAUGUCAAUAGGAAAGAUCAAUAUGGUCAAACACCACUCUCAAGGGCUGCACAGCGGGGGCAAGAGGCUGUUGUCAGGCGGCUCGAGUACUCAUAG